UUUAACGAGUGGGAUCAUUUUAUGGCAUUCACAGUUUAUGUACUGUUUAUAUCACAUUAUUUUAAGAUAGACUGAUCCCUCUGUGGUACAUUCCCAAAAGAGCAUAUUGCCCCACAGAAUCACUUUACUUGGAAUGGAACAAACGGGAUCCUCUCAGUUGGAGAGAUACUGAUCUGCACCCUGGAGCAGAAUGAUGAUGACUUUCAGAUUCCAAAAUCUCAAGUAUCCUUCCUGCAACACUUCCGAGCCACCCCCUUUGUUCCAGUAAGUAUAAUGCUGAUUGUUCUGUCUCAGCUUGUGACUGGAGUUUUUCAUGAAGAACAAGAACAGCAACCACAACCUCAGCAUGGAUGAUCUCACUUUAUUCGACAUGCUAGAGUGCCCAGUAUGCCUGGAGAAGCUGGAUGUCUCAGCCAAGGUGCUCCCAUGCCAGCACACCUUCUGCAAGCCCUGCCUCCAGAGAAUCUUGAAAUCGCACAAAGAACUGAGGUGUCCCGAAUGUCGAACCCUUGUGCUGUGCAGUAUUGAAGAACUCCCUGCCAAUUUGUUUUUGAUCCGCUUGUUGGAUGGAAUCCAGUUUGGACCAAAUGUGAUGAAAUUUGGAUCACUCCAAAGAUCGGGGGUCCUCUCCUCUCCUGCCACCAUCAGGAGAGUCUGGGGAGAGCCAAGAGCUUUACAACUCAGUCCGCAUAGGCUGCUUUCCAGUCCCAGGAUCUCUGUGGAAGGGGUUCCUCGGGCUAAAGCCUUAUAUAGCUACAGAGGACACAACCCUGGAGAACUGAGGUUUAACAAAGGGGACAUCAUUAUCUUGCACCGUCAGCUGGAUGAAAACUGGUACCUAGGAGAGAUUAAUCGGGUCAGUGGAAUCUUCCCAACAAACUCAGUGCAAGUUAUUAAACAGCUUCCACAACCACUCCCACUCUGCAGAGCACUGUACAACUUUGAUCUGAAGUCCAGGAAUAAAAAUGAAAAGACCAACUGCCUGCCAUUUCAUAAGGGUGAUAUAAUCACUGUAAUCAGCCGAGUGGAUGAGAACUGGGCAGAGGGCAAAAUAGGAGACAGAACUGGGAUUUUCCCCAUUUUGUUUGUGGAGCCGAAUACAGCAGCACGGAAACUCCUUCAGACAAGCCAGAAUUAUCAGUCUUCCCAGUUGAAAUGUGCUUCACCUUUGCGAAAAUCUUUGCCCAGGGCGAAAGUUAUAGAGUCACCCCCUUUCUGCAAAGGGCCUGAAUCAAGAAGGAAAAGCAUGAAGCAAUUCUCCAUCACAACCGCCUUAAAUACGCUCAACAGGAUGGUCCAUUCACCCACGGGACGGCAGACUCUGGAUAUCAGCUCCCCUGUGCUUAUCAGCUCUAGCAAUCCUUCUGUGGCUACCCAGAAUGAUGAGAAAAUAGAAUUGCCAUAUAGUACUCCUGUUCAGGUCAGCACCCCUUAUUCCUCUGCACCUGCAUCCAUGGGGCACUCUACUGCUGUUGUCACUGUUCCCCAUUUACAGCAACACCUACCGGUGAAUAUGUGUAUGGCUCUGCACUCCUACGCAGCUCACAGUCCAGAUGAGCUGGAGUUGAAGAAAGGAGAAGGCAUUCGUGUUUUGGGGAAACACCAUGAAGGCUGGCUAAAAGGAGUGUCACUGGUCACAGGAAAAGUCGGGAUCUUCCCAAGCCAUUACGUCACUCCAUUUUUCAGGAAGUCCUCAAGCUUUCUUGACUCCAGAAUGCCUUCCCUCUAUGCGACUUGGACAUUAUCCACUUCCUCACUUUCAUCCCAGGGAAGCAUCUCAGAGAACGGCCCGAGGCAAAGCAGGCCUUUGAAAUCUACCUUCAUGCCCACAUCUUUGGCCUCACCUGUGAGGAAUCUCCCUGGGUCAAGUGCCUCUGGGCACACAGCCUCGCAGAGGAGAGGACGUGGCAGCAAUAGGAAGAAUGGAUCAUUACAGAAACCUUUGCAACCAGGAACUCUUAUUCCAUUCGUCAGCUCCCUUCGGCGGAGUCCUGCCACUCAACGCCGACCCCAGCAAUCUCCCGUCUAUCAGCCCAUCUCCACUCUGCCCAGAGGAGUCAGUACAGCUGACACAGGAGCCUGGCUGAAUGCCUCCCAGGAUUCCUCAUUAGUGCUAGUGCCCCGAAGUGGAAGCAGCAGAGCACCUUCUGUGUGUAGUUCGGUCGUGCUGGACACCAAAGAAUUGCUGCCGAAAAGCGAGUUGAGUCUAAAGCCACCUGUUUCUGCUCCACCCUCCAUUCUGGUGAAACCCGACACCUCGAGGAACACUAUGGAGAAGCAAGUGAAAACAGUGAGAUUUCAGAACUACAGCCCACCACCAUCCAAACGACAGAGUUCUCUGUCUUCACCAAACCUCUCCAAUGGCAGACCUGAACAAGGAAGCAUUAUAGAAGCAGUGCAGCCAGAAGCAAACAAGAGUCCUGAAAUAUCAGUGCUCUAUUCCCACCGAAUUGUCUCCAGUCCAGUUCAUCAAAGAAGGGUGGCACAUCCUAAAACCUCAUCACUGGACCUUACAGGCCAGUCAGGCUACCUGACCUUUCCGACAAGAAGAGAAUUAUAAUAGCAUCACUGAAAACUGAACAGCUUGACUCUAUUUAAAAACACUUCACUUUGAAACUUUGCUAUCAUUGUUUGUUUGUAAGCAAAACAACCAGAUAUACCAUAGAUCUCAGGUCUAAUUUGCCGACAUCUUUUAAAAAUUUCAUAUCUGAUAGAAGAGCUAGGCCUUCUUCCAGGCAUCUACACAACCACAAAUGAUUACUGGGUACCAAUCAUUCCACACUGUAUGGCAGGGUCUUGUUUUGUGUGGCUUUGAUCUACAGCUCAAACUGCAAGUGUGUUGUGGACAUGCAUUUUUCUUUAUAUGCAAAGACUACCACAGUGGCAAUGUAAAAUGAAUUCUUUUGCCACGGGGAGAUACAAAUAUCAUUGGGAGGGUAAGAAAUUAUGAGUACAGAGCACUAUUCAAAAGCCAUAUUGCUCCCCGUAAAUUUCAAUACUCUAUAAUUGGAAGUGGGAAAAGGAAACCUGUCAGAAAAAGAUAGACUGCUUUGGUCUUCUCUGUCUCACUCAAUUUUAUAGUUGGUAAAACAGCAGCUUUCUUUCCUUCCCCUGCCCUUCUCUUUAUAAUUUGUUUAACUUCACAGUUUGCAUUUAAAUACUUUGGACUUUAUAUUUGGAUUCAGAAUGCAGAAGGUUCUUUGGUUUUGUUUUUUAGAAAUAUAGACCAUUUCCCAGCUUCCAAGACAGUCAGUCAGUGAAAGGAGAUCAAGCAACACAACUCAUCCAUCAGCCCUCCUCUACCAUGUAUUCUGGAUCCUGUUUCUAGGGAUCAACUGACUGAUCUAAUUAUAGCAGACAAUAGUACCAUGCAUCUAUAAGCCCUGUGAUUCCAGAACUGUGUAAUCCCAUGACAUUAAAAAAGAAAAGAAAAAGAAAUCACAAUUAUUUUUAAGAUAUGAGAAGCUGUUAAGAUUGUCAGCCUGUUUGGACAAAGGCAUGGUUCAAGAGUGGUGUGAUCCUGCAUUAUCACUUACUUGGGAGCAGGUCUCCUUGAACCAAAUGGGACUUCUGAGAAAAUGCAAAUAAGACUAGGCUGCAAGAAGAGUCGUAACUUGGAAGAGGAGGCCCCCCAUGAUGCUCCUGCCUGGAUCCUCCUCCUCUCUAAUCACCCUCCUCAACCUCCAGGCACAGCCAGCAGCACGGUGGCCCAGAGGGAUCGGUCAGUCCCACCCUGUGGAAGGCCUUGCCUUUCCCCGUCCUGCCUGCCUGUCUCUGGCAGACCGCAUCCACGCAAUACCCGCUUGCGCCCAACCCCUCUCAUCCUCUCUGGCUACCUGGCUGCAACAAGAAGCAGAAUCAGACUGCCAUAUCAUUUUAAUCCAGCUGUGCCUGAUGUUCAGACUUCUGCUAUAGGAUAGAGCUUUGUUUAUUUUGUUCCCACUGCUAGUUCAAAGGUUGUGCAUUCCAGCCCACAUAAGGGAGCAUGAAAUUCUGUAGGCCUCCUGCUAUGUCAUGUCAAUAAAGGUUGGGAGUUAAAAUUC